UGAAACCGAUGGAAAUGGGGCAUGCAUAUAAUUUCUUUGUUUUAUUGGCUUUCCCAGGGCUUAUUCUAAGUAGAGCACAAUGUGCUCUUCAAAAAGUCAACGUAGACGACUCGUAUGGAGUGGGAAGAAAUUUUGAUGGUAUCGGGGCAAUAAGUGGAGGAGGACCUCGGAAUUGUUGGGCAGUUGAUGGUGGAAUGCCAAAUGACCACCAGAAAAUUACUGUAGAUGAUUCAUAUGAACUUGGGAGGUAUUUUGAUGGGAUUGGGGGAUUAAGUGCAGGUGCUACAUCAAAGCUUUUGGUUAAUUAUCCAGAGGCUCAGAGAAACCAGGUGCUAGAUUUUUUAUUUAAGCCCAAUUUUGGCGCUUCCCUUCAAAUAUUAAAAGUAGAAAUUGGAGGUGAUUCACAAAGUACAGAUGGUGUGGAGUCAUCUCACAUGCACACAGAAGAAGAUGUCAGCUUCCAGAGAGGAUAUGAAUGGUGGAUGAUGAAGGAGGCUAAGAAGAGAAAUCCCAACAUAAAGCUAUAUGGUCUUCCCUGGGUGUUCCCUGGCUGGUUAGGAAAUGGAACAUUCAAUCCAUAUGCUAUGAGAGAGAAACUUGUGUACUAUAUAACUUCCUGGAUCAAGGGAGCAGCAAAAGUGCACAAUUUGCAGAUUGAUUAUAUUGGGAUUUGGAAUGAAAGAAGCUAUGAUAUAGACUACAUCAAGAUGCUACGAAUGUCUCUGGACAAUCAAGGAUUUAGUCAUACUCAGAUUGUGGCUGCUGAUGGUGGUUGGGGAAUAGCGUCUGAUGUCUUGAAAGAUCCUGAUUUGGCAAACGCAGUCUGUAUUUUGGGAGCUCACUAUCCUGGUAGUAUGGCUACGGCAGAUGCUCAAAAGACUGGGAAAAAACUGUGGGCUUCAGAGGAAUACAGUGCCUUCAAUAACCUGGCUGGUGGAGGCUGCUGGGCCAGGGUCCUAAAUGAAGGCUAUGUGAAUGGAAAUCUAACCAGUGCCAUUGCAUGGAACCUGAUCUCCAGUUACAGUGCUGCUUUGCCCUACAGUGGAUCUGGUCUGAUGACAGCCAACCAGCCCUGGUCAGGAUAUUAUGUAGUCAAUACUCCUAUUUGGAUGAGUGCUCAUUACACUCAGUUCACAGAAAUUGGCUGGAGCUAUCUUGACCAUGGUCAUGGCUCUGGUCAUCUGGACAGCAAUGGCAGUUAUAUUGCACUGACCAGUCCAGACAGGUCUCAGCUGACCAUUGUGAUAGAGAAUAUGGAUCCCCAUGAUGCCCCAUGUUUUUAUCCUAUGCCUAAGUACACAGUGGCACCACAAACUGUUACUUUCACACUGAAAGGCUCAUUUUCUAAAAUACAGGAGUUGGAAGUCUGGUUUUCAUUUUUCAACUUUACUCAGGGAGGACACAGUGACAUUUUUAUUUAUCAGGGACCAUUGAAGAUUGUGAAUGGCAGUUUCAGCUUAACUGUCAUGCCAAAUGUUGUGAUCACAUUAACCACAGUGAAGAGUGGAAGGAAGGGACAGUACCCCACUCCUCCCCCACCUGCUCCUUUUCCUUUGCCAUAUAAAGAUACAUUCCAAGACUAUGCAGAAUUCAGUGAGCCUUAUAAUCUAGCACCACAAGCUGGCUCCUUUGAGAUCAGGUCUUCCUCUGAACCUGGAAUUCCUAAGGUGCUACGUCAGGUGGUACCUCAGCCUCCUAUAGACACCUGUUUGCCCAAGAGAAUGCCCAGGCCCAUUGCUGUGAUAGGAAACCACUCUUGGGCAGAUGUCAGAGUAGAAAUCAUGUGUAGAGUGCCAGCAAGUAAUGGUAGCUCAGGGUUAUUUAUAGCAAGCCGUGUCAGCAGUGGGGGAUGCAGUGCCAUGUACUCUAAUGGCCUGUACUUCUGGUUGCUACUGGAGGAAAGGAAAUUUUUGCUUUCUUCAGAUUAUGCCCAAAAAGUUGUUUAUGCAAACGGAACUCUUCCAAAUAGCAUUGAUUUUAAUACUUGGACAUCUAUGUCUCUUUUUGCCCAGGGAAAGAAGGUGAGGGGCAUGUUAAACAGCAAAGAUGUGUUCAACCUUGAGCUAAAGACUGUUGUCUCAGCCUACGGGUUUGUUGCCAUAGGAACCAAUGAUUUUGGAAUGGCUGAUUUUAUCAACAUGUUCAUUGACAAAACAUGAUGAUUCAGAAGGAAAGGUUAAAUUAUUUCAUAAUGGAUUUUAUCAACAUGUUCAUUGACAAAACAUGAUUCAGAAGGAAAGGUUAAAUUAUUUCAGAGUGGACAACAUAACUAUAAUUUUGCACAUCAAGUAGGUCCUAGCUAUAUGUAACAUCAGCUGUAUUUGUUUUAGAUAAAUACAGAGUUUGAUGAUGUUCAGUAAAAGAUCUUUUAUUGCUAAUUUAAUUUUCCAGCUAUAAAAUAUUUAGCAAUAUUUAUCAAAGAUAAAGUCACAGAAAAUCUUGCACAUCAAUCAUGUCCUAGCAAUUUCAAUAUAUCAGCUGUAUUUGUUCUGAAAUAAAAACAGAUUUCCAUAAUGACAUUUAAUGGAUCUUUUUUUAUUGUUAAUUGAAUUUUACAGCUGGAAAAACGUUUAACAUAAACAUAAAAUCACAAAAUCUUGCACAUCAAUCAUGUCCUAUCACUUUCUAAUAUAUCAGCUGUACAUUACUUAACAAACAAAAUCACAUAAAAUCUUGCACAUUAAUCAUGUCCUAGCAAUUUCAAUAUAUCAGCUGUAUUUCUUCUAAAAUAAAAACAGAUUUCCAUAAUGACAUUCAAUGGAUCUUUUGUAUUGCUAAUGGCAAAAAAAAAUUGUCAGUCCAGUCAAUAUGUAAAUUACAUGUAUCUGUGAUUUCUUGAUGUCCCGAUUGUGAAAAAAGUUAAAUCCAGUUAUAUCCACAUAUAUUAUAUUAUUACCACACAACAAAAUAGUGAAUAGUCCUGUAUGCACUGUAUUAUGACAUCUUUAUAUAUAUUCUUUAUUGUUAGAAAAUUCAUAUUUACUAAAACAUAUGAAGCUAAAAACCAUAAUCAAGCCACUGCAGUAUUGCAAA